AAGAGAGAAAACACACGCAUAGAGCUAAACCAUUUAAAUGUCCAGAGAUUUCUCUUCAACUCUGCGGAAGACCUGUUAGGAACUUCAUAGAGCACUGUAUCCAUCUUUGAAUUUACUGUGAAGUCUCAAACUCUGCGCCUUCUUGCAUUCAAAGAAAAUGAGCAACAGAAAUAACUCCAGCUUCUGUGACAAUAUCGAUUUCUCCUCUGACACACUCUUCCUCUCCUUGUUGUACAGCUGUGUCUUCUGCGUUGGGCUUCCCCUUAAUUGUCUUGCUCUUUUUGGCCUCCACGGCCUCCUGAAGGCUGGGGACAUCCUCCCUGUGUUUGUCAUCAACCUGCUCCUCUCUGAUCUACUCCAAAUUUUAACCUUACCUCUUUGGAUUGACUACUUCAGCAAUGACCACAAGUGGCGUUUUGGGGAGGCUGCCUGCAGAGUCAUUGGCUGCAUUUUCUGGAUCAGCCUUUUUGUCAGCAUCUUCUUCAUGUGCUGCAUUUUCCUGGAGAGGUACAUGGCAGUUACACAUCCUUUGUUAUUUCAAAAGCACAUCAGGGUCAGGAACUCUUGUAUCUUCUGUGCUUUCCUGUGGGUGUUUGUCACUAUCUGCAGCUCUGUAGGCAUUGGCCUCGGCUUUGAAAGUGCACCUCUUGAUCGUUGCAUGGAAACCUACCCAACCGAGAAAGACUUUGCACAGUUCCAGCUUAUUGCCAUGACUAUCACCUUUGUCCUGCCAUUGUGUUUUCUUUUGUCUAUCUACCGGGGCAUUCAGAAGAAUAUUGUUAAUGUGACAUCCAUACGGGACAAGGAGAAGAGAAAAAUCCUGCUCAUGCUAACUCUCAUCAUAGUUAUGUUUGUGCUGGUGUUUGGGCCCUUCCAUUUCAUGUGCUAUGUAGCCUACAUUGGGAUACUCACACUCCAGGACAGUUGUGAUUACGAAUCCAGAAUCUUCAUUUAUUUCCAGGUGGCUAUGGGAUUACUCAGCCUAAACAGUGUGCUAGACCCAGUAAUGUACAUAUUUGUACGGAAGGACCUGAGGAAAAAGUUAAUCACCAUUUUCUCCUUUUCGCAAAAGAAAGAAGCCCAGAAUGCAACAGCUGGGGCCACGUCUAUCUCACUCAGACCUGGAGGAACACAGCACCAGGUGGCCAGCUCUCAUGUCUGAUGAGAAGAAUCUGGGUCUUUACAGCCCCGCUGAGAGCUUUCAUCUUGCUAAAGUGUUUUCCAAGGAAAAGCUUUUUUUCAAUCAUUGGCUC